AUGUGUCUGUAUUGCACGUAUUUGAAUGUGGAAGAGGGCUUCGCGGUCGUGGAAAGGAGACAGGUUUUACAGGUGUUGCAGGCGAUGCAGGAGAUGCAGGUGAUGCAGGUGAGGCGGGGGAGGCGGGCAGUAAGUCCUCCUCGGGCAGAGUGUUCAGGCGUGAUAAACACCUCCCCCGCCCCGCACCUCACACUGGCGACUGCUCCCCGCUUGCGCUGCCGCUUGUGA